AUGCCUGGGCACAUGUUCGGCAAACGAAGCGGAAGCUUCAACAGAGACGAAGGUGUUGUGCUCUCUGGUUAUUUAUUCAAGAGAGGAACGGUGAACACGAGCUGGAAAAAGCGAUAUUUCGAAUUACUGAGCGAUCACACUUUGGUCUAUUUCAAAACCAAAGUCACAGAAAAAAAGAAAGAUGAAUCAAAACUUGGAUGUCUCUAUUUGGAUCCUUCAAAUACCAUUGUUGAGAUUUUCCAUAAUGAAAGUGAUCAAUUGUUUCAUUCGAAUCAUAACAACAACAACAACAACAACAAUAAUCACAACAAUAACCAAAAUCAUAACAAUAAUAACAACCAUCCCAAUUCAAAUUCCAACUCUUCAUCAUUGGUCCAAAAUGGAAAAUCCACAGAAAUUGUCGUGUCACCUCAAAUUUAUGACAUUAAGAAAAUCAAAGAGGAACAAGAAUACAUGUUAAAUUCAAAAAUGAUUCAAUGUAUUUAUAGAGAGAGAAAAAAGAAACAAAAUUCAUUUCGAAAAGAUCGAAAACAAUCAGUCUUUUCGAGACUUUCCAAACGAUUGCAAUCCCCACUAGACAUUUUGUCAUCGAUGGACAGCUCUGCACAAUUAACCACUUCAAAGAAAUCCUCAGGUUCCAUCUUGCAAUCGAAUUUGCAAAUUCACUCCACAACCACCACUUCAACGUCAUUGUACUUUUUCAAAAAAGUGAAAAAGUAUAAAUUUUCAAUUUGUGUGGGAAAGAGUACGAGUGGAGAAAAAACACACAAGGAUCGAAAAUAUGUAUUUUAUUGUGAAUCAGAAGAAGAACGAGAUAUGUGGAUUAAGGCAAUUAUUUCGAGUAUUGAGAAACAAGUGAAAACUCAAAUUAAGAAACCUUAUACCUUUGAGACGGCUCGACACUAUUCGAAAUUUUUGAAUUUUAUUGCAGACGCUCCUCAAGAUUAUUUGAUUCUUGCGUUGAAUAGUAUACGACAUCCAGUGCAAGAGUCGUUUUUAGUGUCGUGGAUGGUAUUGAUGGAUUGUUUUUCAUUUCACAAGUCAUGUACACAACUCGUGAAAGCAGCUAUUAAGGUAGAGUUGGAACUCACCAAGCAUCCAGAGACUCUUUUCAGAAGAAAUUCCAUUUCCACAAAAUUGGUUCAACUCUUUUUCAAAAUUCACGGACAAGCAUUCUUAAAAUCCACUCUUCAGCCACUCGUUGCCAAAGUUUGUGUUGCUGAUGAAUAUUUAGAAAUUGAAGAGAGUCGUCUGUUAGAAUUUCUCAACAAGGAAUUAGACGAAAUUGAACAUCCAGAAAAACCCAGUGGUGAAAUUAUUCAUCAAAUUAUUGCUUCUCGACAACAACGAAACAAAACUCGAAUUAUUGACCUCUCCAAGAAAUUCUUGUCAAGAAUUAUUGAAAAUACGAUCGAAGAAGGACCUUUUGAAAUUUGUGAAAUUCUUGAAUUUACAUUUGCAGAAAGCAAAAAAUAUUUUCCUGAAAGUACAGAGAUUGCCGUUGGAGGACUCUUUUUCCUUCGAUUUGUUUGUCCUGCCAUUGUUGCUCCUCAUUUACAGGGAGUACUUUCAGUUCAGCCUCAAUCGAAUGCACAACGAACAUUGACACUCAUUACAAAAGUCAUUCAAAAUAUUGCCAAUCAAGUCUAUGAACACAAUUCAAAAGAAGAAUAUAUGGGACUCUUAUCCGAAUUUGUCACAUCCAAUAUUGAACCAGUGAAGGAAUUUAUUCGUGACAUUUCACAUUUGGAUCAAGAUGCUAAAAAAUUUGAAAUGAAUAAGCGAGUGACCAUGAAAUUUAGUGAUUCCAAUGCCGAUUUAGAAUUGAAUUGUUAUCAUGUCAUUCAUGAAUUUUUCCAUACCAUUGAAGAAUCCAAAAAAUUCAACACGUCAGAUCCUGACUUGUUCAAAUUUUAUAAGGAACUGUUAUCGACCUGUAAUGAAAUGGUGAAAAGUGAACUACAAGCAAACAAGAAGGAUAGUUCACAUCAGCAGCAGCAACAACCACUGUCAGCAUCUCAACAACAAAAUGACGUUGUUCCAAUGAUGGUGUCACCAUCCACUUUGAGUUCAUCCUUACCAAAUUCAUCUACACUUCUGAAAGAAUCAUUAUUUCAAGAGACGAGCGUGUCCUCUCAAUCGACUCGAACGAUCGUUCCUUCUAAAUCCAAUCUCACUCAUGUUGAACCUUCCAAUACAUUUUUCAAUAUGGACAAGAGAAGACGAGGCGCCACGCGAGUUCCCUCUCAAGAAUCUUCAUACCAUUCAACACCUGAAGUCGAGACAGCUUCAUCACUGUUACGAAAUGCAUUCACAAAUGCAUCGACCUUGUCACCUGGAAAUUCACCUCCUGCAAGUUCACACGAACAGCAACAACAACAAUUAGCAAGAAGACGACGAAGAGGAAUUGGAAAUUCAACAUUUACUCCACCGACGAGUCCACUUUCAAGUGAUUCUGUUGGAUUAUCAUUGAAUCCAUUUGAUUCUACAGAGAAUGGAUCGAAUAUCCAUGAAAAAGAAGAAGUAAUAGAUCCAAACAAGAUACCUCUUAAAACUCCAUUUCAUGUCUCUAUGAGUGUAUCGAGUCCAAAUUCUUCCAUCGAUUUGACCACUGACGAAGACAUUGACGAAGACGAAAAAUUAAUUUUGGAACAAAUUGAAAGCAAAUCACGAUUGACAACAGAUUCACAAUUUGGAUCGGAACAUGUCAUUGUGCAUGAUGUGUUUCAUAGUUCAAGUGACGUGAAAUCUCCAUCAACUUCGUCUUCAGAAGAAGAAUUGGAUGACGAUCUUGACGAUGAUGAAGAAAAUGUCUAUCAUUUGUUAGAAAUAUUCAGUAAGGGAGACGAAAUGGAAGAAUCUGAAUUUAUUUCACUCGUUUGUUCGUUUAUUGAACAAGGUUUUAGAGAAAUUUCAAAUUAUAUCAAUUCACACAUUAAGCCAACUACUGUGACACUUGUGAAAACUACUUCGACCGCAACUCAUACUCAAAACACAAGUGUUGAUUUGACCACAAAUAUUCAAGUCAAUCCACAAUUUAAGAAACAUUUAGAACUUUUAUUCAAAAACAAGUUAAUCAUUUCCAUCAUUUCACUCUUUUCGAUUCGAUUGAAAAAGGAGACUGGAGUUUGGGAAUUAAUGAUUGCACUCGCGGAAGGAACACAAGACGAGAGAAUUUUGGAAAUUUGUCAAAAUGUGUGUGAUCAAGUGGAGGGACAUCCAAACUUUUUUGAAAUGGAUCGAAAUCAACAACAGUAUAUUUGUUUUUGCUCGUUUUUAUGUCGAUUGAACAAUGCGCAGUUAUUGUUUGAAGGCAUGACAUUUUUACUGAAUUUACCAAAUUUGGAUGAAUUGUUGGGAGACUUUUAUAACGUGGAGGAUAGUCAAGAAAUUAGUACAUUUCCUAUUAUUGUUGGAAAACAGUCAUUGUUGGCCACGUUACAUGAGCUGUCACUUUUCAAAAUGUCACUUGCCUGCGAUUUUGAUUCUUGUAACAUUUCCUUCAUGUAG